ACUUCGUGAAGAUAUUGAGAAAAGCAAGGAACCUGGUUGUUGGAAAUAUAACAGUCAACCAAUGGGAUUACCAAAUUUUGGGAAUACGUGCUACAUGAAUUCAAUUCUUCAGGUUCUUAGCUGGACACCGUUGCUGGGACAGCAGCUUGCAGAACGGUUAUGGAAAUCAGUCAAAAAUGAAAACGUCGAAACAGACUUCAGAAACAACGUACAGACUCGUUUAUUUCUGCUUCUUCUAAACGUCCAUUCGGAAAACAAAUCGUCAGUGACAUUGGAUUUCAGUAUCCCUAAUGACAUAUUGAAAGAGGCCAGGAAACUUAACGACCAGUUUAUGGGAUACCGGCAACAAGACAGCUUUGAAAUGUACAACACUUUGAUUGGCGGAGUGGAAGAUGAGGCGAGAGUAUUACCCUGUAAUUAUGCUGGCGAAAAAGACAUGACAGGUAAUGGUUCACUUUUAUUUCGUAACUAUUUUCGACUCUACAUUAUACUCUGUAAAUCCUUUAGAAUUGAUAACAACGAACAUCAAAAAGGUCGUUUCAUUAGAUAA